AACCUGGUGUGUGUGAGCAGCUCAAGUAUAAAGUGACUUGACCACCACAUCCUGCCUGACACCAGGACCGACGACCGCUUUUAGCUUCUUCUUAACUCUGCGGAUCGUAAAAAAGGUCACACGGCCAGCCUCUUCACCGCGCCCGCCGCUCCGCACUCCGUCACAAUGCCUCAUCGCAUCUGCUCCGUUGAGAUCAACAACAACUCUGGCUCCUACACUCUCUCCAACCCGAGGGUGUUCACCGAGAGCGGCUGCUGUGAGGUGCCCCUGCCCCCCGUGGUGGGCCCCUGCUCAAAUGGCACCGCGUUGUUCAACAAGCACACUGGCAGUGCGACCGGUACCGUCGGCGUCUUCACCUAUGACAUUUUCAACCCCGAGAUGAACGACUACAGCCACUCCAUGGCGGUCAUGUUCUCCGUGCCCUACGACCGAAACCUCUACUCCAACUGGUUCGCCGUGGGCAUCUUCGACAGAGGAAGCAACUGCGACUUUGAUCUUUACGAUGCCAUGUACAAUGGAAGUGAGAAUAAUUUUGUCAGAGCAAAGGCCGAUGGCUCCUCCAUUUCUUAUGAGGGCGACUAUGUUAUUGUCAGUGCCUCCAUGUCAGACUCAGGAGAAGCAGUCCUGAGGGUGGAUGUCAGUGGUACUAGCAUGUAUUAGGACAGAAGCAACAUCCUACUGUUGCUAUAUCAGGUGAUCACAGUCAUUGUAAUAGAAUAUUUUCAUAUAAUUAAGGUUAAAUCAACUAACACAAAUGGUAACUGGCUGCAGAGGUGCUCAUCAACCAAUAUCCUUAAAAUAUGAGUUACACAUUAGAGUAAUCAAACACUAUGUUAUUUCUGGUGUGAUCGAAGUAAAAUAAAAGGGUUGAAACUGGUCUUCAUUUGAGCUUGAAGUUUAAAGAACAAAAUGAAUAUUUCAAAUAAAAAUCAUUCUUUCAAACCUU